AUGGUGGUGGCAGAUCGUGCGACUGCCAUCCUGAAAAUGCAACAGCAGCGGGAUCCUGACGUCCUCGACCUUCGGCCUUACGCUGAGGAGCUCAACGACGUCCUUCUUACCGAAAUGGCGCACCAGCUUCGGGCCAACCGAGCGGCUGGGUAUUCGCUCCUUAUACUUUCGGGAUGCAAGGGCUUCACCCCGGUUGGCUUGCGUUCUCUUGUGCAUGCCGUGGGUGAAAAUCUACGCCAGUUAGACUGCUCGCGCACGACGCUGUCGGUGCCCAUGCUGCAGGUGCUGGCUACAGGUAUCGAACGUCUGGACGUGCUCGACUUUUCAUCGUGCCCUCAGCUAUUGAGUGAAGGAGUGCGCGAGUUCAUCUCGUGUUGCAACACUUCGUUGACCCGCCUAAAUCUCUCUCGUUGUGGAGCACUAACCGACGAUGCGCUGGGGUGGGUUGGUGGUGCCUUAGGGCCUCAGGGUUCGCGUACUCGAUGCCAUCGGCUGCUGUCGCUCGACGUAUCUUUCACCGUCGCCAUCUGCGACCGUGGUCUGGCAGCUCUCGGUGCGGGUUGCCAAGCUCUGCAAUUCCUGAAUCUGGAGGGACUGGAGCGGAUCUCGGACGCUGGCAUACUGCACAUCGUUCGGGGAUGCAAGGCACUUCGCGUUCUCAGUCUGAAACGAUGUCUCCAACUCACGAACACGUCACUGAGCCAUAUCGGAAAGCACGGUGCAAAACUGCGCACUCUUAACCUCAGCGGAUGCUACGGGAUGUCGUCAGCCGGGUUAUUGGUAAUGGUGCCUGGGACGCCUUUGCUGCAGUCGCUGAACCUCGAGGGCUGCCUACACAUGCGUGAGGACAUCCUUGCGCCAGUUGCAACUGCGUGCCCCGCCCUGCAGACACUGAACCUGACGGGGUGUCAAGAUAUCACGGACACCGGCAUCAGGACGUUAGCGGAGAACAUGCCGUUCGUGCAAAGAGCACGAACGUACCGAGGACUGGAGCCGCGUGUCGACGGAUUGCAGAUUAAAUACUCGGUUCAGGAGCAAACUAUUCGUGCUUCCGCUGCACUGCGCCUACAGGCCUACUUUCGAGGGUAUAUGGGUCGACGUGUUGCAGCUUCAUGGCGUGAAACAAUGGUGCAGACCCCGGCGUGCCGCAAAAUUCGGCGGUGCUACAUGUCCUGGCAUUUAAGACGUCAGAUUCAAUCCCGUGUGGAGCGUACGAAGCUCAUAAAUCGCAGUGCUGUGCGGAUCCAGAGUCGAGUGCGCGGUAUGUUGGGUCGAGCAGGUUUUGUGCGCUCCCAGCGUGAGGAGCAGCGGCUAAGUGUUUGGUCCGUCUACGCCGUCAAAGUCCAAGCUGCCUACCGCGGUUAUUGGACGCGGCGGCACUUUGUGUUAGUGCGUAAAUCCAUGGAUCGAUACCAACUUGAGCAAAGGCUCCUACAGCGUGAAGCCGCCGCAACUCGCUUGCAGGAAAACUACCGUUCAAGGUUUGGUCGGUCGCGCUUUGAGGAUCUAAUGGCUCUGAACCAAAGACGCCGGAAGGAGCAACACGAUGCAGCAGUGACGCUACAGCGGUUGUAUCGAACCCGCGCUGCACGUCGCGCGUAUCGUCAAUUGCAAGCAGCAAUAGCCCGACAACAAGAAGAGGCCCGAGAGCUGGAGCGGCUUGCAGUCAAACUACAAAGCAACUGGCGUGGUCAUCGAAGUCGUCGGAACGAACUGGUUCGGGUGCGCGAAGAAGCAGCAGCCAGAGAGAAGCGACAGCACGCGGCUGCGAGCCGCAUCAAUGCUGGAGUGCGCGGAUACUUUGGUCGAAGAUACGCGAGGGCUGAGCGUGUCCGCGCUCAAACACGACUACGCGCGGCGUGUGUCAUCCAGCGCACGUGGCGGAGAUACUCAGAGCCCGACCCCAGACAACUGGACCUCGACGCAAUGCUGAUGCAUCUACGCGAAAGCGCUCUGAAUGAAGACGCCGUGGCUCGAGCUCAACAGGCGGAGAUUCUGCGAAAGGCGAAAGAGCUGGUGAAUCGGGAUUCAGCUUCAGAACCCGAGAGUGAUGACGACUGGCGUGACUUCCAGAAUGAGUAUGGUGAUCAGUUCUGGUUCUCUCCUUCUCGAAACGAUAGGGUUUACAUGAGACCAAACGACCACGCUCGGGAGAAAAGUAUCCUCGAGAUGCCUUGCCGCGUGUUGUGGCCGCUCGAGCAGCGCUGGUUUGACGGCAGGGUGACCCGCUACAACUGGAAGAAGGAUCGACACCGCAUCGACUACGACGACGGGGACCACGAGUGGCUCAGUGUCUUCCGUGCAGACUCGUCCCGCGUCCAGCUCUUCAAUGGGCACUGCUGGUGCAUGGCUCCUAUGCUGGAUACGUCGACACGGACACUUCGUGCUGCGAUUUUCAUUGGCGUCUACUUCCAGCGAUUCGACCCUCGACGCAUGUGUUGGCGCAGCGGGAGCAUUCGAGCGUACCAUGAGCCGAGCGAUAUGUUUCUGCUGAUGCACGACCCCUACGAAGAUGGAGCGGAGUACGAACAAGAGUGGGUGAGCGUGUUCACGACGGAGAACCACUUCCAAGUGCAGGACGCGAUCACGCGGCAAUGGUACUCGCUGAGCGGGUACGUCUUUGGUCGCAUGCUGCAGUCCAAGCAGAACGAGGGAUACUGGUACAGCGUUGCGGACUAUCUCGACUAUGAUGAAACAGCAUUCGCCCAAGCUGAGGAGGCACCUGUGGAUGCUGCUGCCGAUAACGAGGUGGAGGGAGUAGAAGAAGCGAUGCAAGCGGGGGGUGACGAUGCUGCAGGUGCCGAGGACGAGUCACAAAGUCGUGACGGGGACAGAAGUGAGAGUGGAGAGGAAGGUGACACCGAAGAUGAAGAAGACGAAGAAGAGUCCGAGCAAGAAAGUGAAGAAGAGGAGGAGGACGAAGAGUACGAGGAUUAA